AUACAUAAUGUUAAAACGUGAACGCCCAUAGCUUGAUCACCAAUCAAAUUCUAUUUUGAAAUGAAUUCCAGUUCCAAAGUUUGGAAGCAGGCGUAAAGUCGAUUACUUAGGGAGAGACAAAGGCACUGCAAUGCUAGAUUUAAGGGUACUCUACAUACCCAAGUUGCCUAAAGAACAUGUAUAAAUUUGAGGCCCCUACUCACAUUUGAUCCACGGCUAGCUUAACAAGAGCAAAUGGCUAGAGUCAUGGAACGAAGCGCCUGUUUGCUCCUCCUCCUCUUCCUCGUCGUGGCGGUGGUGGAGGCAGGUCCUCAUAAGGCCAAGAAAGUGAAGUGCCAAGACAAGAGGUACCCCACUUGUUAUCACAAGGACCUUUACUGUCCGAAUACAUGUCUCCGCACUUGUGCGGUGGACUGCGCCACAUGCCAACCCUUUUGCCCAACUACUCCUCCUCCACCACCGCCGCCAUCCCAUACGCCAGUACAUAAGCAAAAGAAAGUGAAAUGUGAUGACAAGAAGUUUCCCACUUGUUACCACAAGGACCUUUACUGUCCGGUUUCCUGUCCCCGCACUUGUGUCGUGGAUUGUGCCAAGUGCCAACCUGUUUGCUCUGUUACACCAUCGCCUCCUCUCCCUUCUCCACCCACCCCAUCAUCACCACCACCACCCACCCCAUCACCAUCACCAUCAACACCCACCACCACCCCAUCAUCACCACCAUCACCUUCCCCCAAGACAGCUAAAUGCAGGCUCAGGAAUUAUCCUCAGUGUUAUGGCAUGGAGCACACCUGCCCAGUCAAUUGUCCUAAUAACUGUGAGGUUGAUUGUGACACAUGUAAACCCGUUUGCGACUGCAUCAAGGCUGGUGGUGUUUGUGAAGAUCCUCGAUUCGUCGGAGCAGAUGGUAUCACCUUCUACUUCCACGGUCAAAAGGACAAAGAUUUCUGUUUGGUUUCCGACUCUAACAUUCACAUCAAUGCCCACUUCAUCGGUCGCCGGAACGAAAACAUGAAGAGGGAUUUCACUUGGGUUCAAUCUCUGGGUAUUCUCUUCGACAACCACAAACUCUACAUCGGAGCCAAAAAGACAGCAACUUGGGACGAUGCCAUUGACCGACUCGCCUUGGUCUUCGAUGACGAACCUAUCUUCCUUCCCGAUGGCGAAGGUACCAAGUGGCAACCCAUAGAAGCACCGGAUACCAGCAUCACCAGGACCGGCCACACAAACACCGUCGAAAUCGAAGUGCGGGGCAAUUUCAAGAUCAAAGCCACAGUGGUUCCCAUCACCGAGAAAGAUUCCAAGAUUCACAGUUAUGGUAUCACCCAAGAUGAUUGCUUCGCUCACCUUGAUUUGAGCUUCAAAUUCUAUGGAUUGAGCGGCCAUGUUAACGGUGUUCUGGGUCAGACUUAUGCUAGCAAUUACGUAAGCAGAGUGAAAAUGGGCGUCGUUAUGCCGGUUUUAGGUGGGGAGGAGAAGUUCUCUUCUUCAACCCUCUUCACCGCUGACUGCGCCGUUGCUCGAUUCACUGGUGAGUUAGCCGGACCAGAAAAUUUCGAGUAUGCUAAGUUGGAUUGUGCCAGUGGAAUGGACGGCCGUGGAGUUGUUUGCAAGAGGUGAAUCAUGUUCACUUCUUAGUGUCACUCUUAAUAAUUUUCAGAUUCCAAUUGUGGAAUCAUGACUGCCAAUGUUGUAAUAAUGUUUGUAAGUUUUGUACACCUGAUUGAAUAAAAAAAUGAAUUGCAU